AACAACGAUAUUUCAGUCAGACACCUGGGGGAAAUGAUCGCGAUAAUGAACAGCAAAACUACUCGUUAUCUAGUAACUUUGCUAACCACCUGUAUGUAUUUGGUCGUCAUUUAAAAUCCGAUAUUCCGACGAUGGAAGCUGAUGUUUUACAUUACAAUCUUUACUAUAAUUGCUGAACGGGUUAGGCAAGUGUACACAGCACUGAUGCACUGAUGCAUAUAUUGCCAAUUUACACUGGAGUCAAAUAAUCUCAUUCUGAAAGCAAAGAGAACCUAACCAAAACGAAACUGAGUCGACAAGCAACGUUUGUAUAUAUAAAAAUAUAUAUGAAAAUAAUGAAUUGUUCGGCAUUAACAUUUAUUUUAGUGUCUUUAGUUGUGCUAACACAACCGGUAGCCAAGGGCAAGGUAGCCAAGCAACGGUGUAGGCUACUGUUACGUAACAGAAAACAAAAUACACUGUAUAAAGCCAAAGAUUUUUCAGUGAUCAGUCGUGGUGUGUGAAUUCGUUAUUGUUUCAAUAAUGGACGAGCUAUGGAUAAGCAACGAUGCGAGUUAUGGAGAGAUCGAUUUCCUCAUCUCCGCGACCAACUGGAGAUGCAGGCGGCAAGAACAUGUGGAGAAUUACUACAUGAAAGGAUCACUACUGGGAGAGGGAGGAUGCGGAUCAGUAUAUGCUGGAACUCGCAUCUCUGAUGGACUGCCAGUUGCCCUAAAAUAUGCAGCGAAAAUAGAAGGAGACCUGCUUCUACCUGGACAGGAAGUCAGAGCACCUCGGGAGGUGGGGCUAAUGGGGCUUGUGAACGAGAACGCGGGUCAUCCUAACAUCCUGCGGCUUCACGAGUGGUUCGAUGCCCCAGACCACUACGUGAUGGUGCUAGAGAGGCCUGACCCUUGUAAGGACCUGGCGGGUUUCUGCUACCACCAGAACAAAAUGAUGGAUGAACAGCAGGCCCGGGCAGUGAUAGAACAGCUGCUUCACGCCCUCCUGCACUGCCAGCACGUAGGAGUGUUCCAUCGGGAUGUGAAACCAACCAACAUCCUGAUAAACACGGAGACCCUGCGUGUCAUCCUCAUUGAUUUUGGGUGUGGAACUUCCUGGAUGGACGCUCCUUACAGUUCCUUCGCAGGCACCCCUGAAUUCGCACCUCCAGAGUGGUUUGCGGAGGGACUGUACCACGCUGGGCCCUGCACAGUGUGGUCGCUCGGGGUCACAGUGUUUGGCAUCGUUUGUGGAUACCUGCCAUUUAACCCGAACGAUGGCCAUGAGAGCAUGAGCAGAGUCCACUUUCCUACAGGGCUGUCCUCAGAAAUCAAGGACUUCAUGAGCAGGUGUUUGGCACCGGAGGUGAAUGAACGAGCGACGCUAGAAGAGCUCCAGCGUCACCCGUGGCUCCACCCCACCUGCUUAGAACAAGUCGGAUUCAGGAAGAGGAAGAGGGGGACGGAGGAAGAUGGAGAGCAGAAAAGGAGCUCCUCUGGCUCUCUCAUUCCUGCAAAGUGCCUCCGGAAAGGAGGAGAAGGCCAAGGCCAUGAAGGAAAGGGGCUGAGUGAACAUGGUCCCCAGGCCCCCGUACUCAGCCUUGGCCAUGAGCAGCGAGGAGCACGCUGCUCGCUUCGGAAGCUGGAGCCGACAGGGGAUGGCCAUCUGAGCCACGCCCAAAGCAGUGAACAGUUCCUAUCCGCCUGUUCCUCUUUGUGGUCGUAUUACAGCUGCCAAUUCUCAGAAAAGCCCCAGAAGGCUGGUGUGAAGAGGAAGAUGGGGUGUGAAGAGCAGGUAGUGGUGCAGGGAAAGAACCUGGGUCCCUACAGCGGGACCAGACCUGCAAAGUGGCCACGGAAAGAUCAAGAUGAAGAUCACCUGCUGAAACAGCCUGCUCCUCCCUGUGGGCGUAUUCCAGCUGUCAAUCCACAGAGCCUGGAACCCAGCUGCCCACUGUCCACCCAACCAGCUGACCCAGCUGACCUCCAUCCCAUGCUGGACUACUCAGGGCAUGGGGCCCUAGUAUUUUCACUGGAUGGGCCAGAGGAUGCACUACUCUGCCUCGCCCCAUCAAGCCAGGGAGGCUGUGCAGGAAACUGGCCAGUGGAGGAAAGCCACAGUGCAGCCGAGUCCAGAGAGUUCCAUUAGUGCUUAUGACCAGCAUGGCAGAGGGUGUCAUGUGCAGAUGCCUGUCCACCCCUUCGAGGUCCGCCAGGAUUCAUUUCACACCUGUGGGUCAGGGAACUGUGGGUUGUAGGUAAUUCAAGGUGUUACCAAAAACAGGUAAAAUGACCGUUAUCCCAGGAAGAAGCAGAUCAAAGGUUUGUAGUAAAAACAGGAAGAUUUAUUACGCAGCCGGCUACGGAAACAACUCAGAGAGAAAGUUCAAAAUAGUAUUGGUGGGUGAUUAGAUUUAUACAAUUUCCAGUGGAUUGGUAUUUGCAUAUAGUGGAAUUCUAUUGUUGAAAGGGAGCACUUUCUCUGAUUGGUGAUAAGAGGCUGUGCUUCCUUCCGAUUGGACCAUUCAAAUUCAAACCCAUCCUAUCUAU